UCCCCGGUGGAGAGGCGUUCAGGGCACAGCGACCAGCGGGGCUUUGGGGCCGCUCUGCUCUGCCCCACAUGGCUUUCAGCCAGCUGAAAUUCAAGGAAUUGGGCGAGGAGGAGCCCAGCUGGGAGCAGGAGAACCUGGAGAGCGUGAAGGCGCUGGCGGCCAAGCUGAAGCUGCAGACGCGCAGACCCUCGUACCUGGAGUGGGAAGCGCGGGUCAGGGGGCAGCGCUGGGGGGCACCGCGCAGCCCCGGGCACCCCCCGCAGCAGCAGGACGGGGGCGUCUGUGGCUUUGCCACCGUGGAGGCGGCUCUGGAGUGGCUCAGGACGGAGCUGCGGGAGAUGCAGGCCCUGGACCAGCGGCUGGCGCAGCAGCUGAUGCGGCUGCGGGCGCGGCUGCACCGGCUCAAGGUGGAGCAGGCGUGCCACCAGCACAAGGAGAUGCUGGACGACGCCACCUUCGGCCUCGAGGGCUGCGAGGAAGACUCGGAUCUGCUGUGCACCAUCCCCCCCAAGGCCGCCUUCCUGCUCUCCACGCCGCUCAAGCACAUCGGCGUCACCCGCAUGAACAUCAACUCGCGCCGCUUCUCGCUGUGCUGAGCCCGCCCGCCUGCGGGGACAGCCCGGGGACACCGCGGCUCUUUGGGGACCCCCGGGGACAGCGCGGCUCUUUGGGGACCCCCGGGGCUCGGGGCAGGUCGUGCUGCCCACAGGGUGAUGCCGCGCUGAGGUGGCGCGGAGUGUCGCCGUCCACAUGGGUGGCACCAUCCUGAGGGCACGGGAAUGUCGCCAUCCCUGUGGGACACGGGAAUGUCACCGUCCCCACGGGCACGAGAUUGUCACCAUCUCCAUGGGCACAGGAAUGUCACCAUCUCACAGGAAUGUCACCAUCCCCAUGGGUGUCACCAUCCUCAGGGCACAGGAGUGUCACCAUCCCCACGGGCACUGGAAUGUCACCAUCUCACAGGAUUGUCACCAUCCCCAGGGUGUGGGACACAGGAAUGCCACCAUCUCCCCCAUGGGCACGGGAUUGUCACCAUCUCACGGGAGUGUCACC